CUUUUUCUCCCUUGAGCUUCUGGCGAGCGAACUCCUCGAUGACGAUGUCCUCCUCGCUGCAAGGAGCGCGGUGAGGUUGGAACGAUUGAACCCCACCCCAAAUCCGGCUCCCCCUGCAGACACCCUGCGGGCGUGCAGCCCAAACUGGAGCUGGGGAGCCGGGGGAGGGCCAGCAACUUUGGGGGGUUUAAUUCAAGGCAGUGUUUUACAGUGUCAAGGGGAAAAAGGAGGGGAAGGGAGCUACAGUGGUGACAAAGGGAUUCGUUACCUCCUUGCAAAAGGCAAGCGGAUGACAGCAAGGGAGAGGAAAAGGAAAAGAUGGAAAUGAAGAGUCAGCAAAAACAAUUCCAGGAGUGUGUGAAUAUGAAACGACCUGGGGAAAUCUAUGGGCUGUGAUGGUGGGAGCAAACCAACAGCUUUUCUUCUCUGUAAGCCUCUGUGUCCUUGCUGAGCUGAGGCAGUGCUGCAGACUGAGUUUCCAGGCUCCACACCCCCAUGUAACACCCUGCACUGGGGCACGAACCAGACACAGAAGCAGGGUCUGGGAGCUGUGAGAGCUGUGGGGCCGGCUGGUAGCAAUGGCUGCCAUGAAUAGGCCUACAUCCUAUUGCCUGUGCCACUGUAGGGGAUGCCGUGCUGCCUGCUGUGACACGUGCAGAAGGCUUGCUGGCAUGGAUGUUCUAAUUUAAGAGCACCUCCAUUACCCAAAAUGGAAUAUCUGCGAUGGGUUUACACAAUUUGCGUGUUGGAGGAAAUGCAGUCUGAGGUGUACUCCGGGUCGAUGAGGCAGACGCCAUCUGCAAAUAACGGGAGAGAAGAGGUGGUGAACUGGGUGUGCUGGAGAGAGGGAAGGUCCUUGUGAGAAUGCUCUACAGUCAAAAUGCUCAGACAGGAGGAGGCCAGGAGAGCUGCCUCCAGGGGACCUGCCUGCAUGGGGAUGGUGACCCUUCCUUCAACAUCUCCACCCCCAGGGCUUACUUGCAAAGGAAUUUUGCUUUAGCAAUGGUCGAGGCCACUCACUGCCACCUGCACCCUGGGAACCACACUCACCCACGGCUUCCACCGACUCCACGUGGUCCACAAAGUCCCUCUUCCCCAGGUAGAUGGACAGCUGGAGGAGCCCAUGGCAAAUGGAAACAACACAUCAGAACUCCAAGAAUGGGCACUGGGAUUCCUGGCUUGGCCAAGUCCUCCUGCACUAAGGAUGCCUACACCCAUACUGAAACCCACCCAGCUGCAGGCUGCCCUCCUUGCAGCCACCACUCAGCCAUUGACAUCCCUGCCCGUUCAGCACAGCAGCGCUCACCUGGGGUUGGAUGCACGUUCUCUUCUUCCUCUCCUGCUUGUCCUGCUGCCACCUGCUCACCACGGCUGCUCCCAGCUCUGUGGCCUCUUAUAGCCACCUGCUCCCACCCCAAAUCUCGCCCACCAGGCUUUGGCCGGGGGUGUGCCAUGUGUGCACUAUGGGAGAGGUAUUUUGGGGCUGCAAUCCUAUUAGUUUCUUAACCAGGGAGAUGCUUUGUGAGUAAGAGUGGGCUAUAAAUGGGGUGGUGGCUGGAGCCCUGGGAAAGCAGAUUAUGGAGAUUGGUAAAGCUUAGGAGUGAAGUGAUGAUAAUUGGGGUGGAAGUGCCUGGCAGGCAGGGUGCAGGCAGGGUGCAGGUCCUCACAUGGUGGUGGAUGGGAUCAACAGAAGGGAAGGAAGGGGCUUCCCGGUUGUAUUCCUCCCUUGUGCACUCUGUGGGGCUGCCAUGAUGGGGCCAGGCACCUCCUAAAUCCUGCUAUGGGUAUGGGACAGCUUGGGAAGGACCUUGAGCCCCUCAGGACCCAGAAUCAGUCCCUGGGCAGUGAGCGGUGGGUGCAUCCCUGCCACCUGGUCCUGCCCUCAGCACACAGACACAUGGUGGUGGGAGAAUAGGAACCAAAGAGAGAAGGCCCAGGAACAGUGGUUCACGAGAUGAUGGUGUGAACACACCCACGAGGGCUGCUCCCUCACCAGUGGUCAUUUCAUAACGCUGCAGGCUGGCCUCACUUUACCCAGUUAACAUGUUGUUAAUUCAGGAUGCACAGCUGCAAAUAAGAAAACUGGGGAAGUACCAAGUGGGUCCAUGGUGGGGACUGUCGUCCCGCAGUGUGGGGACACACACACGGGAGGUGGGGAUGGACCACCCCACAACCACCCCACUGAGCACACAGAAAUGCGGGGCUGCAGCUGCCAGCACGUGCUGACCAGGUCCAUGACUUGUGAUCUCUUUAAUUGCACACACAGAGCUGCUUACGCUGCAGAUUAGCAGGCACUAUUUCUGCCAAGGGCAGAGGCCACGUGAACUGUGAUCUUCCCAGUGGUGGAGGUCUGGGUGCAGCCUUACCUGGGUGCCUGCACGCGUCGGUGUGACUGCAGCACAGGUCCCCACACUGUGUGCUGCUCCACUCACACACAGCCUGCUGCAGGGCAAGCUGGCAGACAGACAGCAAUGAUUUCCCAAAGCCCCUGGCAGCGUCGUGCCUUCCUACCCUGAGCUGGAUUAGGUGCUGUGGUCAGCACUAAUCCUGCCUGCCGCCGGACCUGCAAACACAGGAAUGGUUAAGUAACAACUGAAAGCAGCACUGGUGGGAGGGGGUCUCCAGGUGGUGGAGUCCCCAGUCACUGCCCCGUGCCAUGCAGCUGUGCUUGGGACAGCUGAGGGAUGGGAAUGCCACCAGCCCGUAGCUGAUAUCCCCAAACCAGGUGGUGGCCCCUUGAGGUGACCAGGUUCCUCCUUGGUGCCAGGAGCUCAGGGGAUGCCUUGGAGAGGUUUGUGCAGAGGGUGGUGGGGAUGUCCUUGUGCCUGCUGCUGCUUGCUGCAGGGGGUGCCCACGUGCUGGUCUUGUAAACUGCCCAGAGCAAAUCGUGCAAAGAGCAGGGAGGAACCAGGCUGGCGUGGGUGGUGAAGCCCCCAUCCCAUCUCUCCUGCAGCAGAUGGUGGCUGCAGCUUGUCUGUAAUUAACAGUGCCGUGGCGCUAAUCACCCUAACGCAGCCUUGUUGGCAGCUGCCCCGCGCAGCUCUUGGCACGUGGGGUCUGCUUACUGCAUGCCACGAGGAGCAAAACUUCAGUGUGAUGGUCCCCAUACCCUCCCUGAGCCCAUUGCUUCCCCUCUUCCUGAAGCCAGGGCACCCCUGAACAGGAUGAGUGAAUGCAGCACUGGGUACCUACUUUUCUCACCCACCCAAUGCCCACAGCAUCACCAUCUCUGCAUGGCUGGAGCUCAGCCCCACACUGUGUGCAGGCAGCCCCCAUGUGCAGGCAUCCCCAUCACUGCCAGCCCCGGCACAGCACAGUGAUGCCGUGCAGCCCUCCAUCCCCUCCGCUGGGUACAACUGUGGGGUAGGGUCUGGGAUUGCAUGGCAGCAGGGUGGUGGUGCUUGGGCAGCCCCCAUUGUGCUCGGGGCCCAGCAUGGCUGCCGGCUUCCUCCUGCCAGCAGGGCUGGAGUGGGAGGAGGAGCGAGGAGGCUGUCCCAGAUGUGGAGCGAGCAGAGCGUUAAGGAAGAAGGGUGUGGGCAGGCGCAGCAGUGCAGAGCGGGGCCGUGAGAAGUGGGCUUGGCUGCAGGGGACAGGCGGUGGGGGCACAGGGUGUGCAGUGCCAUGUCUGCGAGAGAGGGCUGCAGCCACCCAUGAUGAGGAGCACCCGGACCCCCAGCUUCACCCCACAGCCCCCCCAGACCCACUCCUACUGCACCACCCAGCUGGGGGGAUCAGUGCGGGGCACCCUGUGAGCAGGAGCUGCACAUCGCCCAUCGGGACCCACAGCCUCCGGGCCCCCACCUUCCCCUUCCACGGCAAUCAGCCCAUGUUGGGUGAGGGACACAACGCAGUGCAGCUGACAUUGUGCCACCCACGAGGAUGGCAGCAGCAAGCUGGUACCACCGGGACAUCAGCAGGGUGGUGGCCGAGGAGCUGCUGGCCAAGGCUGGGCGCGAUGGCUGCUUCCUGGUGCGGGACAGUGAGUCCAUCGCAGGGGCGUACGCCCUGUGCCUCCUGUUCCAGCGGCACGUCCACACCUACCGCAUCCUGCCCAACGAUGAGGGGCUGCUCUCCGUCCAGACCAUACAGGGUAUCCAGGCCAAGUACUUCCGCAGCCUCCAUGAGCUGAUCAGCGCCUACCAGCAGCCCAACAAUGGGUUGGUGACACAGCUGCUCUACCCUGUGCACCAGCUCCGGGAAGCAGCUGAUGAGGACUCUGAUGGAGAAGAUGGAAGAGGUGGCCAUGUUGGCAGCAUGGUGCCCACCAGGGUUAAUGCAGAGAGCACAGGGCCUGGUGCUCCCCCCACCCAUCCCCACAUCUCACAGCAGCUGCAGCUGAGGCUUCAGGAGCAGAUCCACAGCAGCCCAUCCAGUGACUUCAUGGGCUUCAUGGCUGACUACCUGACACAGCACCUACCACUGGACCUGGCUGCACUGCACAGUGGGCACCCGCAUCUGCACCAUCUCAGUGCUGCUCUCGUCACCGCCUGCCGGGGGCUGCACAGUGAGAUUGACUUCACGCUGGCGGGGCUGGAGACUCUGGCCAGAGUGUUUGAGCCUCCUGUGUCCCCACGCAGUCUGGCCAGAGAGCAGGGUUUCCUGGCCAGCAAUCCUGACCUGGAGCUGCUCCUCAGCAAGAUCUCAGCUGUCAACCACCUGCUCUCAUCACUGGAGAAGAAGGUCCUCGUGUCACUGCAGGACACGGUGUCACGACACAACCUGGCACUGCCCAGCCCUGCAGCCCUGCCUCCAGACACCAAGCCCAUGGCCACACAGUGCUUUGAGGUGAAGGUGGGCAAGUCGCAGCGCGCAGCCCUGACAGUGGAUGUGGAGGAGGGCACAGUGAGCAUCACCAAGAGGGGCAGUGGGUCCCCAGAGGAGGUCAUCCCACAGGACAAAAUCCUGCAGCUAAUCAAGUACCAGAGCGUGCAGAGCAAGGUGAGGCUGGUGUACAAUCGUGACCUGCAGAAGAGCCUGAGCAAGGACUUCAUCUUUCCCAGUGCAAAGAAGCGAGAAGCCUUCUGCCAGCUGCUGCAGCUGAUGAAGAUCCAACACUCCAACCUGGAUGAACCUGACCUCAUCUCGGUUUAUGUCGGGACGUGGAACAUGGGCAGCACACCGCCGCCCCGCUCCCUGGCCUCCUGGCUGACCUCGAGGGGCCUGGGACACACACAGGACGAGACCACUGCCUGCAUCCCGCAUGACAUCUACGUCAUCGGCACACAGGAGAACUCCCUGGGUGACCGCGAGUGGGUCGAGUUCCUGCGCGCGUCCCUGAAGACGCUGAUGGCCAUCGACUACCGAGUGGUGGCCCUGCAGUGCCUCUGGAGCAUCAAGAUGGUGGUGUUGGUGAAGCCAGAGCACGAGCGGCGCAUCAGCCACGUCCACACCUCCAGUGUCAAAACAGGGAUUGCGAACACUCUGGGGAACAAGGGGGCUGUGGGUGUCUCCUUUCUUUUCAACGGGACUUCCUUCGGUUUUGUCAACUGCCAUUUGGCCUCGGGCAGCGAGAAGACCCACAGGCGGAACCAGAACUACAGUGACAUCCUGCGCUCUCUGGCACUGGGCGACAAACGGCUCAGCGCCUUCGACCUCACGCUGCGCUUCACCCACCUCUUCUGGUUCGGGGACCUCAACUACCGCCUGGAUAUGGAUGUGCAGGACGUCCUGACCCAUGUCACUAAGAAGGAGUUUGACAUCCUCCUAGCCAUGGACCAACUCAACAUGGAGCGGGAGAAGAACAAGGUGUUCCUGCAGUUCCGAGAGGGCGACAUCUCCUUCCCACCAACCUACCGGUAUGAGCGGGGCUCCCGGGACAACUACAUGUGGCAGAAGUUCAAGACCACAGGGAUGAGGAUCAAUGUCCCCUCGUGGUGUGACCGCAUCCUCUGGAAGUCUCUCCCAGAGACCCACCUGGUCUGCAGCUCCUAUGGCUGCACUGAUGACAUCGUCACCAGUGACCACUCGCCCGUCUUUGCCACCUUUGAGGUGGGUGUGACGUCGCAGUUUGUGCCUAAGAAGGCUCCUGGCACUGGCCCCGAGCCCCUGGCCUGCAUCGAGUGGGACAGCAUCGAGGUGAUCGUCAAAACUGCCAGCCGCAGCAAGUGCUACAUCGAGUUCCACUCCUACUGCCUGGAGGAGGCACAGCGCAGUGGGGAGAACACCUCGCAGAACUGCGACGUCCCCGGCUUCCUGAGGAUGUGCUGGUCAGCAAAGCAGCUGCCCGUGCUGAACCCCAUCCUGCCCGACGUGGAGUACCUGGGUGACCAGCACCUGCUCCUCAGCAUCAAGGGCGUGGAGAGCUGCGAGUCGUACGGCGAGUGCUGCAUCGCGAUGCGAUCCAUGAUCGGCAGCAUGGCCCAGCAGUUUGAGACCUUCCUCUUCCACCACGGCGAGGAGACAGGCUCCAUGCGGGGCCGGAUGAAGGUCCGCGUCCCCAAGGACAGGCGCAGCACCCGCGAGAGGCUCUACGAGUGGAUCAGCUUUGAGGAGGAGGAGGAUGCUCCAGCAGAGGAUUCCCCGCUGUGCCCCAAGCCGCUCCUCAGGAGCCGUCCCCGCAGCCUCCCAGAGGUGACCAGCAGCUACACCAACCCGGCCUACUUCAUCUUUGAGGGACUACCUGCCACGUGGGCUUUGGGUGCUGACGCACAGGAGAACAGCCCCGUGCGGGGUCCCCCCCAGACACGGACCCCUUUGCCCUCACCCUGCAGGUCCCUGCUGAGCCCUCCUGGUGUGGGCAGGCAGAAGCGCCCCAAAUCGGCCGUCCUGGCGAGGGAUGUGCCGGAGGGUGGCGACUACUCUCUGACAGUGCUGCACAUGGCCACCGACCUGAGCCAGCUGGACCGCAUGCUCCCCAGGGGUGAAGGGGAUGGCCACCAAAUGCUGCUGCACCAGAGCCACAGUGCCCCUCAGCCACCCUCACCACGCUGCCGGCGGGUGCCGGGGCAUGGAGUGAGCGCUUACCAGCAUGGCCACCACAGAGAGUGGUGCUGUGACAGGUCCUGCAGUGCUGGUGCUGGGCCAGGCCACGUUGGAGUGCAGCAGCGUGAGGAGGGGCUGUGUGCACAUGGCUGGGACGGCACUGAAAUCUUCAGGUACCCCCCAGCCCUGGAGCUGGCAGCAGCAGGCAUGGAGCAGGGCAGCACUGCUGUCCCCAGGGUCCCCAGUAGAGCCCUGCGCCUGGGGGAGGAUGAGAGGUGAACCCCUCCAUGCAGGGUACAGGAGACUGGGGAGACAGACCCACUGUGUGUCCCCAGAUCUUCAUGGACACCCAGGGGGUCCCCACUUAUUGGCAAAAGGGUCUUUUGCUGUAUGUGCAGGGAUGGCACUGAGCAAGACGUGCUGGGAGCUGGGGUGCUCAGCCUUGCACGUCCCUGCACCAUGUAAAAGUGCAUGGGAGCCCCUCGGGGAGCCAGCAGCACUGAGCCCACCCCAAACCCAACACCUAAACUUGCGCAUGUGAGACUGGAGAUGUCCCAUAGUUGUUCCCUUGCCGACUCUGUUGGCAUCUCACCUAACCGUGGCCAGCACCCUGAUGUGGAGUGAUUGACUGCUGUGCCUCUGCUGGGAAGUCUCAUGAAGUUCCUAUGGACGUCAGAUGGAUGCUCUCGGGGUGUCACUGUGUGUCUCCAUGGCCCUCCCCAAAGCAAUGCAAAGACCUUGCUGAGCCCUACCAGCAGGAGGGGGCACAGGACACACUGAGGCCCCUCAGGACAAAGGGACCGCUGGACUUUUGGUCCUUGAGGCCCUGCACACCCUGGCUGGGCAGUUCCCCAAGGAGCUCUGCAGCAGCUGCUCCUGAGGUUGCGUCCUUUGGGGUGCACUGCGCUGUUAUCACCCAGAAUAAAGUGUCAGGGUCUGGA